CGGCCGACGGUCGUCCACGCGCCACGGCAGUCGUUCGGCUCACGUCGUACACGUCGCGCACACGUUCGCCCGCGUAUUUAAUAUUAUAUAUAUACACACAUUGUACACCGCCGCCGACAACAAGUGGUCCGCGACCAGACCGUUUCCUUAAAGAUAAAACCGCAAACAAGGGGCCUAAGCACGUGACCCCCUCCUCACACGCACGCUAACUGCACACACGGGCAGUUUUUUUUUCUUCAAAUUUUUUGAACUCAACCGUCAAAGUGGCUAACCACAAUCACCACCACCAUGACCUGCGGUCCGUCGCAGCCGCCGCUGCCGUCGCGUACCCGGACGCUCGGCCCAACGAUUACUUGGGCUACUGUGACCCGGCCGCAGUCAACCUGUGGCGCAUGGUUGUGCCCCGCGGGGGCGGCCCGGCUCACCACCCGGAAUCCGCCGUACCGCAUCAGCCGCCGACCACAACCGCCGCCACCGCCGAGCCCCCUCACUGGGGCUACGGACCGUGGAGUUCGAUGCCCGCGCCGCCGCCGUCUUCUCGUCAUCAUCACCAAGGUGUCAAAAGGCAUUUCAAUGAGAGCGACGAUUGCGACGAUGCAUUUUCCGAGGAGUCCAGCAAAGACCAUUGUUCUUCUCCCGGAGACGGUACCGACACGCCACACAUGCUCACCCGGAAGAAACGCCGGGGCAUCAUCGAAAAGAGACGUCGUGAUCGCAUCAACACCAGCUUGUCCGAACUCAGACGGCUUGUGCCCACAGCGUACGAAAAACAGGGUUCGGCCAAAUUGGAAAAGGCCGAAAUCUUGCAACUCACAGUCGACCAUUUAAAAAUGAUUCACGCAAAAGGUCUGGACACGUUGGCCUACGACCCGUCGAAGUACGCGAUGGACUACCACAACAUCGGGUUCAGGGAAUGCGCCACCGAGGUGGCCAGGUACUUGGAGUCAGUGGAGGGCAUGAACGGCCGGGAUCCGCUGCGCGAACGGUUGCUGUCACACUUGCAGUACUUUGCGGCGCAGCGCGAGUACGCGGCCAAGUCGCCGGCCGCUGCGGGACACCACAACGCCCCGCCACCACCGCCAAGUUGGUACGGCGGUCAUCACGUCGGGGCACCGCCACCGCCGCCACCGCCACCACCACCACCGACACUUCCGCCGGCGCACCAUUACCCGUCGACGACUUCGCCGCACCAUUACCCGUCGACGACAUCGCCGCACCAACAACAACAACAACAGCAGCCGCCACCGUUGACCCUUCCUCCGCCGCCGCCGCCGCCCAGCCACAACAACAAUAAUUACGAGACGUCAGCGACGGCCGUGGACGGUAUCAAGUCAGCGGCGGAAGCGGACGCAGCCGGUCUCACCACCCUGUCGUCCGUCCCGGCGGACUAUCACCAUCACCACCACCAUCACCAACAGCAGCGACAACACGAACAGCACCACCACCGCAGUCGCGACGACUACCAGCACCAACACCAGCACGGCGGCGGGGCCGGCAACCAAUUGCACAACUUGCAACCUGUUCAACCGCCGCCGCAGCCGCCGUCGGGCUAUCACGAAGCUGCCAUGCACCAACAGCACCACCAACAACAACAGCAACAACAACAACAAUACCAAUCCGAUUCAUCAGUUUCCGCACAGAUGAAACCUUACAGGCCUUGGGGCGCUGAAGUGGCGUACUAAAUACUCGUCCUAAUCCAACUGUUUACUACGCUCAUCUCGCUAAUAUUAAUAAGUGGCGUAUGAGAGUAUGUGACAAUUUUAUCAGAGUUUUUUUCAUCUGAAAUUUUUUACUGUGAAUUAUUACCUAUAGAUAUGACUGUUAUUAUUAUCAACAAAUAAUAAUACACAAUAUUAUCAUAAACCGUAUUCUAGUCAACGACCUUAACCAAAGCCAUUUUCGUUUUUUUGUACUUAUACAUAUUAUAUUAUAUUAUAUAUUUACAUUAUAUAGCAAUAAUUAACUUUGCUAGUCAGAGUGCAAUUGCAGCAGACCUACAUUAUUGUUCCGUGUUCACUAUAUUCAUCAUACAAAUAUUAUAUCAUUGAAUAAAUAACGCGUCUCGAAGAAAUGCAAUCGAUGAGCAACUUUUUUUUAAGUUUUAAGUUUUAUAUAUUUUUUUUAAUUUUUUUUGUGUACUUUAAGAGUCUUACACCAGGACAGUUUUAUUUUGGACACGUAAGAUAAUCCUAAUUUAUUUUUAAAUAUGAUAUUUAUAAAGAUUAUUUUAUACGAUAUGAUAAAAAAUUAUUUGUUAAACGUAUUGUUUUGUAUACUUUACACAAUAUAUAUUUUUUGAAAAUCAAAUUACUUUUUAUUUACUAUUAAUUGUACACACGUCAUAUUAUUGUUCUACCUCAUUACAUUAGGCGUAAACUAUAAACACGGACACGGCUGCAACUGGUAAGUAUACUUAUUGAAUCACGGUUAUACAUUUUUUAUUUUCAUUAAAAUACAAUAAACUUGACAAAGCACACUAUAAUAUGACGUCAUUGGCCAUUGAGAAUCAAGAUGAUCGUAUAUCACAUUGCACAGCAGUAUAAUAAUAUACAUAACAAAGAUGGAAUCACUGUACAAUAUAGCUGCUUUGAUUACUUCGAAAACGUGCUGCUACACACCAAGCAUUAAAAAAAACAUAUACCGCCAUUGUGUUCGAGUCUGUUUUCAAUAAUAUUUCAUAAAGAGAGGAUUAGCUGGGCUCGUUUGAGAAUAAACAGCAUAUCACCCGUUUACGUGCAUAUAUAUAUAAUAUUUAUGCUAUUCUUUUGAAGCUUUAUACGCGGCGUUACGUCGGUCACGUGUCUUUCUCAUUAGUCUAAACUUGUUAAGGGCCGGUAAUCCCGAAAAAGUAACGACGUAUUAUUAGUUGUUAUUUUAUUUUUAAAUAAAUAAAUAAGUUACCCCCGUUUUCGAAAUAGCAGACCAAAGUUUUUUGUUGAUGCCCAGGCCAGUCAUUCUCGGAGGGUGGCGAUGAACCGGUUAUUUCUCGUGUAUGUAAAUUUCUCACGACAAAUCCCUUCAUUAAAAAUCGCACGCAUUUAGCAUUUGAAUACAAGUAAAAAUAUUUUGCAACAAUAAAGUGCGAAAUGUAUACUAGACCAUAUACGAAUACACAAUCGCGUAUGGUUUUAUUUGUUUCCCGUUUGACGAAAAAACCGACCCGUUAUAUAUAUAUAAUAUUUCAUGUCGUCGGAAAAAACAGCGAACAAUAUAUUGUUAUUAUGCAUGAAGUGCGAAAUACGAAUAAAUUGCGCUAUAAAAAAAAUGUAUUUUUUAACAACUUAAAGUAGGUAAGUGCUUACACAAUACAUAUUGGUAGUAUAGAUUUUAGGAUUUUAAAUUAACAGGCUUAAAUCGAAAAAAUGUUAUGCAAAAUUUUGUUUUAUAUAUAAUAAUAGUAUAGUGCCUGUACACGAAAGAUACUAUUAAUACAUAUUUUUUAAUAAUAUUCCAAUUUUUAAAUAACUGUGGAUUUUUUGCGGUUUUUUCCCUUAUAAAACUGGUAAAUACUAUACUAGCUGCCACCCAAAGACAAAAAAGAAUAGACUUAACCAUUUCGCUGAUACACUAUUUGACCACUGCAACCGGUGUAUGCUACGUAGAAUAAAAUAUUUAUUAAUUUUUUUAAAGAUUUGAAAUUUGAGAUCUAUAAUAUGAUCUAAUUAUUUAAGAUUAAAUAAUGCGAACCAUGGUUUCCACGACUUGCACGGUUACCGGAAAAUAUUAUAAAAUACAGGGACGUAAUAGUACGCCUGCAGGAGCAGUGAAAGGGUUAAUAGUAUCAAUCUAUUUACGCGGUAUAUUUUAGUGAAGUUUAUAUUAUUAUGAACAAUUACUUAAUAGUUCCUUCUACAUAUGGGACGCAACUAUAGGUAUAUAGUGUAAACAUUUUUGGGAGAUAAUUUAUAUUUUAAUCGUGAACCACCCGAUCUGCUGAAGCAACCAUAUAGACUGUAUGUAUAUCAUAUACUGUUUGUAUUGAUAUUUUUAUUUAUAACAACGAUGGGGGGCAACUAGUUAAAUGCACUGUAUAAUAUUGUGUCUUUUCGUUGAAUAUUAAUUAUAUUUUUUUUUCAUUGAAUUCAAUUUUAAUUCAUAUUCUAAAUGAAUUUGUAUAGUAUAUUGUUUCAACGACUAAGUAGCUAUUAGUACAUGUUUGGACACGUGCACAUAUAUUGGGCACUUUGUGCAUAAUGCGCAUGCACAUUAUUAUCUGUAUACUACUCAAAAUUGUAGAUUUUUUUUUUAGUUAUACGCUACAACGAGUCGUCAGUUUGCAGGUUGAAGUAUUCAAAAUCGCGGCUUUUUACGUUUUGCAUUGAACAUCUGUCCGCAAACAAGUACUUGGUAGCUAUAGUGCUAAGGCAAAAAUGUCUGUACCUGUGUAGGUACAAAAACGAGUAUCCUCAACAUUGUUGAUACUUCUGUUUGUUGAUUACACUGCACUGACUCUAAUCUAAUCGAAUAACAUAGUUUUUGAAAUAAUAUAGCCCCUGCGAUCAUUUAAGUUGUACGGGUGAAAUAAUAAGGUCUACGGCCCACGCGGUAUUAUAAUAUAGUAUGCGCAUAAUAUUUUAUUAACACUGUAGUCGCGUAUUAAUGUAAAUGUAAAAGUAACAUUUUAUUUAGUUGUUCGCGUUAUAAGUUAAC